CACAUACCAGCGUAGAAAGAAAAUGAGCGUACAAAAAUUAUAAAGUGGUAUACAGACCCCUGAAGAACCCUAUUCAGAGGGUUUUAAGUGGUGAGACUGAAGAUGGGUUUCUUUGAUUUGAACAUCCCUUACUCUGACUCAACCAAUUCAACCACUCGAUUGAAACUGAUUGUGAAAGCAAUGGAGCUAGGUUACACAGGAAUCGCUUACAACCGUAGCAUCAAAGGCGUCAUGUCUGAAUCUCACCGUUGUUCUAUCUCCCUGUUUCCUUUAUCUUCUCUACUCAAACGACUCUCUCCUCCGUCUGUUGAGUUUCAUCGAAGUCUUUUAGGUGUCCCCAAAGCCACGCCUUUUCGCCAGUACACGCGAUUGACGGUGCUCGUGGAUAGCUCUGUGCAAGCGGCGGCGCUUAAUUCCGGCAAUCCUGUGUUGAAGACGUAUGAUAUCGUUGCGGUGAAGCCGCUUAAUCAGAUGGCGUUUGAACAGGCGUGUCGGACUUGUCAGGUGGACCUAAUUGCUAUUGAUUUCUCCGAUAAGUUGCCGUUUCGCUUGAAGCAACCUCUGGUUAAAGCUGCAAUUGAGCGCGGAGUGUAUUUCGAGAUUACUUAUUCCAGUCUUAUAAUGGAUGCACAAGCAAGAAGGCAAUUCAUAUCCAAUGCCAAGCUGCUUGUUGAUUGGACUAAAGGAACAUAUCUCAUCUUCUCAAGUGCUGCUCCUUCUAUAACUGAGCUUAGAGGACCGUAUGAUGUCGCAAAUCUAAUGACUUUACUUGGGAUCACAAUGGAACGCGCAAAAGCAGCCAUCUCCAAAAACUGUAGAUCACUUGUAGCUGAUAUAAUAAGGAAAAAGAAAUUUUACAAAGAGGCUAUCAAAGUAGAACUAGUAACCAAAGAUCCUGAGUUUGAUGAGUGGCUUGAAUGGGAUCCCAUCUCAAGUGGUGAAGGGGAUCUGUUAUUAGAUGAAAUGGCGAAGUUGUUCAAUGCCUCCAGUAAAGAAUCAAAUAAAGUGAAAGCUAUCGAUUUUGUGUCAGUAAUGGAUAGCUUACCAGCAAAUGGUUUGCAAAUUAAGGAUAUCAUGCCUAUUACAAAGCCCGAAUUGGAGCCCUUUAGCGGUAGCAACUUGCCUUCCUCUGUAAAGAAAACCUUGGAGCUGGUUGAUGAUCCUAGAGCACCUAAUUCCGAUCAGAGUUUCGACUCGACCAACUUUAAAAAAGUGUCAGAUGAGAGUUUAAAAGGUUCCAUAAAAGUUUCAAGUGUCUUGGAUGCAGCCACUAGCAAUCAUGGACAUGAUUUAAAUAGUUUGCAGUUUCAAACUUCCACCAGUACUUGUGAAACUCUUGUAGCAUCACAUAUUGAUACUUUAGAAGGUUAUGAUAUGCAAACAGAGAAGGAUAUGGCUACUUGUCAAAAUAAGUUACAGAUUGAUACUCUAGAAGGUCAUGAUGUGCAACCAGAAAGUGCCAUGCUUACUAGUCAAACUAAAUGUCCUGGGGAAGCUGUGACAGUCAACACUCUGAGCAGAGAGGAAGUAAUUGCUAAAAACUGUAGUGCUCUCGCUGAUACACAAACUUCUACGAUGUUGGUUGAUCACAAUCUCCCUUCUCAUCAAGGUGAACAAUGCAAGCAAUUAAGUUGUUUAAACAUAGUUUCAUGUCCCCAAGAUGUUGUGAUGGAUGAAAUUUUAAAUGAGGAAGAUAUUAAAGUUAAUGCUGGUGAUACUGUUGAAACUUUAACUGUAUCAAAAGAUUAUGGUUCCGACUGUGCGAGUAAAGCGUACCUACCCUUGAAUAAUACAGAUGCAGUUCUGGCCACAACAGAUGAAACCUCACUAGAUACAUAUAUGACGUAUAAACCAGAGCUGUGCUCUGUGUCUGAUUUGUCUUUGCAUGAAAAUAGAAUGAUAGAACAAGUUAAAAAAACUGGUGCUGGUGAUGAAGCUAGUAUUUUGGGCGAAUCGUCUGUUUUAGAAUCUCAUGAUUUGUCACCUGCCACCAAUAAUCCAACAGCUGAUACACCCAUGGAAGAGCAAAAACAGAUUGAAAAUCAGUAUGUAACAGAACAGCAUGUUCUGAAUAGUUCCAAAAUAGCAAAUGCAGGUACCCGGAGAAAAAAAAGAAAGACACCUCGUUCUGCUGGUCUGUUCCCUUUUAGACGUUUAUGGAAUCCUAUACAAUUUAAGAAGAGUGCCCGGACUAUAAAAAGAAAAAUUGUAACUAGGUAAAUUUUAUGUAGUAAGUUAUUCUUGUUGUUUAGUAAGCCUUUGUUUAGUUGUCUUUGGUUCUCAAUAGUUUGUGAAGACUUGAGAGAAAAAACUUUAGUCCUUUGGGUAUGCUAGGAACUUUCCAAAAGUGACAGCAGUCAAUAUUUAUUCAUACGCUUAUUCAGAUGUCCUAGGCCUGAAUCUUAAACUUUUGCCGUAAAGUUUA